AUGUCAGGACCGAGACCUGUGGUGCUGAGCGGCCCCUCUGGAGCAGGGAAGAGUACUCUGAUGAAGAGGCUGAUGAGGGAACACGAGGGCAUCUUCGGAUUCAGCGUGUCACACACAACAAGAAAUCCUCGACCAGGAGAGGAAGAUGGCAAAGGGCUGAACAAGCUCCCAAUGCUUCUGGGGGCUUCUUUACUACCCAUAGCAGCCGUCUUCUCCUCUGAAGACAUAAAAAAAUCUACCUCUUUUCCGUGUCCAAACGAAUCAGAAACCACAGAUAAAGACUACCACUUCUCAACAAGAGAGGCCGUGCAGGAGGGAAUUGACAACGGAGACUUCAUUGAAAACGCUGAGUUUUCCGGAAACCUGUAUGGAACGAGCAAAGCUGCCAUAGAAGACGUGCUGGCCAUGAACAAAAUCUGCAUCUUAGAUGUGGACAUCCAGGGGGUGAGGAGGAUUAAAGAGACUGACCUGAACCCUAUCUACAUCUCCAUUCAGCCUCCAUCCAUGGAGAUCCUGGAAACACGUCUGAGGGACCGACAGACAGAAACAGAGGAGAGUUUACAGAAACGCUUGGAGGCAGCGCGCAUCGAUAUGGAGCUCAGUAACGAGCCCGGGGUGUUUGAUGUUAUUAUCAUCAAUGAUGACUUAGAGAAAGCUUACGAGGAGCUCAAAGAUAUCCUCAAUGAAGAAAUCCAGAAAAUUCAGGAGACAAAAUCAUAA